UCUGGCAGCAGACCGUGAGUUUAAUUGGGAAGCGCUUUUAUGUUAUUUUUGCAAACGCUCCUGGCAGUUACUGCAUCCAGUUCCAGAAGGGAAAUUUAAAGCGACCGAAAUGACAAACGGAGGCAGCAGCUGUUCGCCGAACAUGUCCGGGUCUUGCAACGCGGCGGUGCUACCGGCUACGGACAUCGUGCCCGUCACGGGGACAUUCCCGCCCGCAAGUUUACCGCCACACCUGCAGAAUUACACGGUAGUGCGACUUCCUUCCAUCGUCCUCAACACCCGAUGGGACGACGCAACGUGGAUUCUAACCAGCGCCUUUAUCAUCUUCACCAUGCAGUCUGGGUUCGGUCUGCUCGAGUCAGGAAGCGUCUCCCAGAAGAACGAGGUCAACAUCAUGGUGAAGAAUGCGGUGGAUGUCCUGUUUGGCGGGAUAUCGUACUGGAUGUUUGGCUACGGUCUUAGCUUUGACAAGAUUGGUAGCGAUCAAGAGAAGAACCAUCCUUUCGUCGGGCUGGGAGAGUUCUUUGUUGACGAGACAGAUCCAGAGAGAGUCGGCAAUGUGUUCUCCCACUUCUUCUUCCACGCCUCAUUUGCCACCACGGCUACCACCAUAGUCAGUGGGGCUAUGGCCGAACGAACCAAACUCGAGGCUUAUAUUAUCUUCUCCUUCUUAAACACCCUCAUUUACUGCUUCCCCGCCCACUGGAUGUGGGACUGCGCCGGUUGGCUCAAGGCCAUGGGCGUGGUGGACAUCGCAGGAGCGGGGGCUGUUCACCUGGUAGGCGGGGUCACGGGGCUGAUUGCCACGCUGAUGCUCAAGCCACGCACGGGGCGUUUCCAUGACGGGGUGGAGCUGCCAGCCAUGGGUUCGCCGACAAAUACGGUCUUCGGAAUGUUCAUGCUUUGGUGGGGCUGGUUGGGGUUCAACUGCGGCAGCACAUACGGCAUAUCGCACAACAAGUGGAUACUCGCCGCAAGGUCGGCAGCAUGUACCAUCACAGCAUCUAUUGGAGGCGGGAUGACAGCCAUUACUCUCAGUUAUCUCGGUAAGCGGCGAAAGUUCGACGUCACGUUUCUCAUCAACGGUGUCCUCGGAUCCCUUGUGUCCAUCACAGCCAUGUGUGCCCUGGCCCACCCGUGGGAGGCCUACAUCAUCGGAGUGGUAGGCUCUCUCAUCGCCUGCACGGGCUGUCUCCUGACCGAGCGGCUUCGAAUCGAUGACCCGGUCAGUGUGGUACCCGUCCACGCUCUGGGAGCCAUCUGGUCGCUAAUGUCUGUGGGUAUCUUCGGGCGGAAAGACGCGCUGGCUGAAAAAUUGACCGUCUAUGACGGGUUGCUUGCUGGUGGUGGAUUCAAACUCCUCGGCAUCCAAGCCUUAGCAAUCAUCUCCAUCAUCACCUGGACAGCAAUCACAUCCUUUGUCCUCCUCAAACUGAUCGACUUGACCCUGGGUCUCCGGGUCCCGCUCCAUGAGGAGAUCCUCGGAGCGGACCUGGUGGAACACUCCAUCAACGGAACCUACGACAAAUCCAGCCACGAGUGGCGGGACCGGGACGGGAAGCUGGUCAUGGUGGUGGAACGGUUCCGUAAAGGCGAGACUCUGGAUAAUAUGAAUCCCAGAGACGCUAGCAGGCUUAGGCGGAUGUCACUCCAGAGGACCUCGAGCAACGAGACCAUGAAGUCCGCCUUCGGAUUUGUCCGGACCGAGGAGGUCUCGAUGUUGGACACGAGGGCAGAGACCGAGUUAGCGGGCUCGGCAGAUGCUGAGUCCGGUGAUGAGAACGGUCAGCCCACGGUAAUGCGACGUAGGAGAGGGAUACAGAGACUUCGAAGAUUACAAAGAAAUAAUGUACUGGGAAAACGAUCAGGUAGCUGGACACCAAGACAUUCUUCGGAUCUCUAACGUAAUGGCCAAGUCACUUGAGGCAAUUUGGGCAAUCUGACAGAAAAGCAAACUCACUGAAGAAUGUUCUGGGAGAACUAAGUACAUCUUUCCUCAGAGAGAUUUACAAAUUAAUGUUUGCCUGUACAUAUUUCAACGUCUGCAAACAUUAUUGUUUGUAUUUUCGAACACGACCGCGCAUGUUCUGUGCUUUAAACUGUGUAAAUAUGUGGACAACCAAGCAGUGAAUUGAAUUGGGUGUCAUAUUUAUCGCCUAUAAUUCUCUUUAUAAAUGUAACUUAAUUUGUAAACAACAUUUACCAUUUGAAGUGAGUUAUAAUAUUAAAAAGUCAAACAUUGAAAGAGAUCACCUUAUAUUAAAAUUCAUGUAUUUAUACGAUAAGCUCACAUUUUGUACAUUUUGUUUCCGUUAAUUCAAAUUCCUUUCUUUUUUU